AUGCAGGCUUUGGCCGGUAAGCAGCUGUCGGCAGGCCUGAGCCGGCCCAGCCGAGGCCAGCUGGUCGUCACCAGCGUCGCCACGCCCUCCAAGAACCCAGCGUCUCGCCUGGCUAAGCGUAGCAAAGUGGAGAUCAUUAAGGAGAAUAGUGACUAUCUUCGGCAUCCCCUCAUGGAGGAGCUGGUUAACGACAAAACCUACAUCACGGAGGAUUCGGUCCAGCUAAUGAAGUUCCACGGCUCUUAUCAGCAAGACCACCGCGAGAAGCGAUCUUUCGGGUCUGGCAAGGCAUACAUGUUCAUGAUGCGCACUCGCCAGCCCGGUGGCAUUGUCCCAAACCGGCUUUACCUGGUCAUGGAUGAGCUUGCUGAUAAGUUUGGCAAUGGCACCCUCCGCCUCACAACUCGCCAAGCUUAUCAGCUGCACGGCGUGCUGAAGCACGACUUGAAGACCGUGUUCUCAACGGUCAUCAAGAACAUGGGCUCUACUCUGGCUGCAUGCGGUGACGUGAACCGCAACGUCAUGGGCCCCGCCGCGCCGUACCUGAACAAGCCCGAGUACGUGCACGCACAGAAGCUGGCCAACGACAUUGCGGACCUUCUGGCGCCCCAGUCGGGCGCAUACUACGAUAUGUGGCUGGAUGGCGAGAAGUUCGUAUCGAUCUACAAGGAGGACCCCAAGGUGACGGCGGAUCGUGCUUUCAACGGCUUUGGCACCAACUUUGAGAACUCCCCGGAGCCUAUUUACGGCGCGCAGUUCCUUCCGCGCAAGUUCAAAAUUGCGGUGACGGUGCCGGGCGAUAACUCCGUGGAUCUGUUCACUCAGGACCUGGGCGUCAUUGUCGUAUCGAAUGAUAAGGGCGAGGUGAUUGGCUACAACCUGACGGUCGGCGGUGGACUGGGCCGCACCCACCGAGACGAUGAGACAUUCCCGCGUCUGGCUGACCCUCUGGGCUACGUGGACAAGGACGAUAUCUUCCACGCGGUUAAGGCGGUGGUGGCGGCGCAGCGCGACUACGGCCGCCGCGAUAACCGCAAGCAGGCGCGUUUGAAGUACCUCGUGGCGGAGUGGGGCAUUGACCGCUUCAGGUCUGUGGUGGAGCAGUACCUGGGCAAGAAGUUCGGCGGCUUUGUUCCCAUGCCAACUUGGGAGUACCAGGAUUACCUGGGCUGGGGCGAGCAGGGCAACGGCAAGCUCUUUUACGGCAUUUAUGUCCAGAACGGCCGCAUCAAGGGCGAGCAGAAGAAGGCGCUGCGCGCCGUCAUUGAGAAGUUCGAGCUGCCGGUGACACUGACCCCGCACCAGAACGUCAUCCUGCGGGAAGUGGACCCGGCUAACAAGGAUGAGAUCAUGGCCAUGCUGCGGGCGGGCGGAGUGCAAGAGCUUGUGGACUGGGACUCCAUCGACAGGAUGUCGAUGGCCUGCCCUGCGCUGCCGCUGUGCGGUCUGGCGGUGACCGAGGCGGAGCGCUCACUGCCCGACAUCAACAAGCGCAUCCGCACCAUGCUCACGAAGGUUGGCUUGCCUGAGGACCAGUUCGUGCACGUGCGCAUGACGGGCUGCCCCAAUGGCUGUGCGCGUCCGUACAUGGCGGAGCUGGGCUUCGUGGGUGACGGCCCGAACAGCUACCAGAUUUGGCUGGGCGGCAAUGGCAACCAGACGCGGCUAGCGGAGCUGUACGCGGACAGGGUCAAGGUGAAGGACUUGGAGAACUUCCUGGAGCCUAUCUUUGCAGCCUGGCUCGCCAACCGCCGCCCCAACGAGGGCUUCGGUGACUGGACCGCCCGCACAGGCUUCCCGGCUGUGAAGCAGCUCGCGGCAGCCGCUGCACCGGCCGUCGUGGCGGUGGCUACCAACGGUAACGGCAACGGGAAUGGCAACGGGGCAGCUCCCAAGGGCUCCGAGAAGCAGCUGACGGCCAAAUGAGGAGCGCCUCUUUUGGGGUCUCGCGGAAGAGGGCACGGCUAGCUCGCCUUGAGUUAUUGACGUUGAGCAUCGAAGAAGGUUUCGGUUCUGAGCUGGGGCCUGUGUCUUCUUCUCUGUCUGGAAAAUAAACCGGCGGGUAAUUGCUUUUGUCGCGGGAAAGGGUGCUUUAGGAAAAGGAAGUCGCUGUGGAUAGUGGCGAGUGGAUGAGACGGGGAGGUUGCAGGACCCGUAGCGCAUGGGUGUAUCCUUCUCGGAUGCUACCUGCUUGGUAGAAGGUGGAGGUGGAUUGGGAAUCUCGGGCGCCUUUCUUGCUGAACUGAAUCAGGACUGGAGUGUGCUGCGCCAGUCGCAGUCGAUUUGGGGAAUGGUCAUGGAUCGAGGAUGGCUGCGGCGGUUGUGGUGGUGGGCUUCUUCUAAUGUACCAGACGCAGAUACCACUCAAUAUCUAAUCUCAUCGUCGUCGUCUUUAUGUAGUAGCAGGUAUGUUUUCUAGUGCGCGAUACCCACCUGAAAGGGGCAGCAGUGCAUGUUGUCGCGAUUAACUGUGCGUCCGGCUCAAUGAGAAAAAGGGUUGCGCGUGUGUCUGGUAUGGUUAUGGUUAUGGGUUGGUAUGGUUAUGGUACGGAUUGCGGCAUCGGGUUUUGCUGUUUUUGAGUUAGUUGGGGAGGGACGUUCAGCUAUAGUAGCAUGUGGUGUGUGCAUGAGGUUGUCCUCUUUCUUUUGCGUUUCGACUAUAUUAUGUUGGCGCUUAAGAAACUUAAGAUGUUUGUCUCCUAUCCGCCUUGGCUAAAUUAACUACGGAUACGGAAGGAACUUUCUGUACACGAACAUUCUGUACAACUCACGACAGUU